UCAGAUGGGUUAAAGAUUCCUCCCGUAUAGCUGAAGGGUGUGUCAAGAUUACAUAAGACACGUGAUCAGAAGUUUUACUAAACACAGAUCAGCACGAGUUUUCCUUCAUUCUUUGCCAUUUGUAAUCGAUUCAAGAUAUUUUUGGCAAACAAACUUUUGAAGGAUGACCGAACAACUACAGACAUUUUUUUCAGAGAAUAAGGAUGCUGUGGAGGCUGUGAUUAAAGUAUUUGAGCAGAAUGCCGAAGUGAUAGCCAGCGUCGUUGGCGAUAUUUUCCCUGUUUUCUCCAUCGUGGCUACUUUUGUAAAGCUGGCACUGGAUAAAGUGGAGAGCAAAGAAGCCCGGUACAUGACAGAACAGUUUCAGAAGGUACGAGAUCGCCUCGAAGCCGUUUCUGAAGAGAUCCAGCUGAUCAAUAACGAGAUCAAGAAAAGCGGGAUAGAUGAUAAAUACUUCUCUGUGGAGGAGAACCUGCUCAACCAGUUUCGCAAAUUUAUGGAGGUCCUCAAUGCCAAACCUGAAUACAUAGAAGUCAGAAAGAAGACCUUCCUGGAGCACUUCAAGAAGACAGGUGGUGACAAAAACCUCCACACACUGUAUAACGCGGUAACAGGAGAUAAUUUCUCUAGAGAGUCCGUGCUGGAGAUCACGCUAAACUAUGAGCAGAAAAGCCGCAGACCGGUGGAGGAAUUUUGUGCUAUGCUGAAGCAACUGUUUUGCAUCGGUUUGAUAGCUUUACUGGGACACGCAAGUCUGGAAGGCUAUGGUGAAGAAGAGAAGUUGCUUCAAGAGUGGGGUGAGAAGAUGAAAGUGGUCCAGUCUAAAAUAAACGUUGUUAUUGAAGACUGCAUCAACAGCUUUCCCACUCAGGCUGAGCUGGACUCCAAACGUAUCGUGAGAGAUCACAGCGACAAAAGCAACCAGCAGCUGGCUGACAUGUUAAUCGAACAUUUGAAAAAGAAAUAUGACUGGGUGUGCUGGUCAGUCCGUGUCUUUAACUCUCCUACGGGCCUGCUAACCAACAAGAAAGACUUUCAUGGUUUGACAGGAAAGAGUCGAUUUCAGGUGCCGACAUCUGAUGAGAAUUUAAACGUUGUGAUCUCGUACAGCACCUCACCUGAACCUGUACGUAAAGACCAGAUACAGAAUCUGAUCUUGGAACAGAAGAGGCCCACCAUGACCGCGAUGGCUGAACAGCUUUUCGAGACGAUGCCUCUUUGUGUGGUUCAUACAGUCAAGAGCUCAUGUAAAGAUCUGGGCUUCUCCUGCAGCUUCUCUGAUGAGCUGCACUACUAUGAAAAGUUCAAGAAAUUCUGUGUAUUUCUUCAUUCUGCCUAAAGCUGUCAGAAAACAAUAAUGCCAUACACAUGAUUUUUGUAUUUUGAUUGCAUAUAAAAUUUCCAUCCAUUUGGAUUACAUACUUUUAAUCUAAAAAAAACAAAUAAACUUUAUAUGAAAGACAUUUGUCAGUUAUAUAUAUAUAAAUGAAACCAGUAUGAAUAAAAUGUAUGUAAUAAUUUUACUUAAUCCAAUGUGUUUUAAAUGCAUAAGAAAUUGUAUUAUGGAUUCUUUAUUAAUAAACCCAUUCACUUAAAAUGCAUUACAUUUUGGUAUUUUAUUCAUGAACCAUAUUUAAACAUUUAUGUAUGUAUUCCUCCCCCAUUCACCCUCCUAAAUCACAAUAUGCUAUAACAACAUAACACAAAAAAAAAGAAUAGCCAGACCACUUUUUUAAAGGAGCCAUGGCAUUAAAA